AUGCCUCGACAGAGGAUUUUCCCGAAUACUAUCAAAGAAGCCGUGCAAGAGAUAAUCCCCUAUUUGGAGGAUACGAGCAAUGCUGCACACAAGGCCAUAUAUUUUGAUGGAUGGGAUGGGAUGGCUGCUUCGGUGGUGCUUAGAGCCAUAGUUGAAGACCCGCCACCGUCACUGCUGAAGAAAUUCGACAAGAUCAUCCAUGUUGAUUGCUCGAAGUGGAAAAGCCAAAGAGCACUCCAAAGGACAAUCGCACAAGAACUGAAGCUCCCUCAUCGGGUAAUGGAUAUUUUGGAUAGGCAAGAUGAAGAUGAUGAUUUCAGAGGGGUAGAUGAAAGCUCCAGAGCUGAGAUUGGAGUCAUUGCGAGGGAGCUACAUAAAGCCCUACGAGAACACAUAUGCUUAUUGGUCUUCCAUAAUGGCAGCAACAAUUUGGUUGACUUGGCUGAUUGUGGCAUUCCUCAACCGCCUAUCUUUGAUGUUAAGGUAUUGUGGACAUUUCGAGGAAGGCUUCGGCUCAACCAAGGAAUUAGUGAGAAGGUGGAUCCUUCGCAUCUUUUCCUUUAUGAUGAGUACAGUACUUACGGGUGGAAUUAUUUGCUUCAAAUAGAGGCUAGAGAAAUUGCUGGGUACACGGAUAAUCUUGGUGCAGCAGCAGCUACCGAGUGUUGCUUGUAUCUCUUGUCAUUAAAUUCUCAAGGAGGCAAUAUCAUGGACUAUGACUGGGCCACACAUGCUUCCAACUAUUGGGUAUGUGAUGGGAUUAUACAGGGAGGUCAGGGUGAUGAAGCAUGGAAGGUUGCUGCUGCUCUGCAUCAACAUAUAGAUAUGGAGGAUUAUGCAUCUAAUGCACUGCCCUCUUUUGGUCAUCGGUUGGAGACUCCUCCGAAACGAUGGAUAUUGGCCAAGGACAGCUCUGUUGUGCAGCCAGAGUCAACGUCAUUUUUCCUCACUGCAGCCGCAAGCGAGUCUGAUCCAUUGUUAAGACCCUUACCUAAUGACAUGUUUCAUCAAUCGGACAAACUUCGGGUGCUCAAGUUAUGUCAUUGCACCUUCAGUUUUUCCUCUCCUCCUUUUAGUCGUUGCCACAAGUUGAGAUUCCUUGGAUUAGAUGGCUGCAAGGACCAGCGAGCAGAAGAAGAUGAGAAGCAAGAUAUGGAUUUUUUGAAGAGCCUAUGGGUGAUAGACAUACAAAAUACAGACUGGCAUCUGCCUUCAUCACCAGAGAUGAUAAAGCAGAUGGCUGCAAACAUUAGGGAAGUACAUAUAAAGAAUGGAAUGUUUUGGCACAUCAUUUUUGCAUUGGGACAGCCACAAAAUCUUCACAAGCUUCGCGUUAUUGACCCUACAUGCUGCUCUUUGGAGACAGGUUUGCCCAGCUUGUCAAGUUCAACUAGCCUCAAGACUCUGGUUCUAGAUGGUCGUGUUGGUUUGAAAGUUAUAGAAGGACUCCCUCCAUCCCUUGAAUCAUUCAGCUUAGAUGCCAGACCAAAAAAGGAUGGUUACAAGGAAGCCAAAAUAAGUCGCAUCUCCAUGGCUGGCUGUGCAAGAUUGUCUGACUUCACACUGCGUGGAUCACUUCCAAACCUUGAGGAGCUGGACCUCUCAGGCACAGGAGUCAAGACACUUGUCCUUACAACUCAGGUGGUGCUGGCCCCAUGUCUCCAGCGAGUCAUGCUGUUGGGAUGUGAGCAACUCCGUGCUGUGCUUUGGCCAGAAAUGGGGAUGCCCCAACUAAGUUUGCUCUGCAUUGACACUCGAGGAGGAGAAGAGGUCGGAAGAAUACCACCUGGUUUUGAUAAGUUAAAAAAGGGUGAUUGUCAAGCAUAUGUUGCUAUGAUGGACAUGAAAUUCAUUCAGUUAUUGGUGCUAACAAGUUCCAAUAUGUUUUGGAACACUAACAUUGAUAUGUUCAAUCUAAAUCUCUGCAUAUCUGCAAGUGGACAGUGGCGCAAUAAGAAGAAUAUGGACUCUGAUAACAGUGGGGAAAAAUUGGGGCCAGCCCUAGCAAAGCCAUUAAUGUCCAAUUCUUCUCACAACCCCUACAUUGAUGCAGGUAUUGACAACAUAAGUAUAGAUCAUGACUACAACAGUGCAUCCCAAUUUCAGUCAUCGACCUACCAUGUGGAGAUUGGUGAUGGAAUUAGCAACACUUGUGUCGAUAGCAUACAAGCAACCAAGGCUAUGAUCUUUGCAACGAACAAGGCCAAGUCGUUGUGUGUGCAUGACAAUUCUUCCAUCACCACAGUCAUCCCAGAACACAUGAUGUCCAUAGAGGGAGAGAAACUUUUAUGGCUAGAACUGGAAUCUUGUCACGUGGUGAGAUGCCCCAAGAUGCAUACAGUCUUCAAUACUAUCUAUGGAUACAUCAGAUUUCCAAAACUAGUGAACUUUUGUGCGGCUGAUCUGCUGAUGACCCAUUGCAUUUGGAGCAAAGAGAGGACACUCAAUGUUGAAGAUAAUCGCUCCUUUGCGAAACUGCAGAGCAUACACCUGUUCUCCUGCCCGAGGCUCACAUUUGUCCUCCAGUGGUCCAGGUUAUACAUCUUGAGUAGCCUGGAGACCCUCCACAUCGUCUUCUGUGGUGAUCUAAGGCAAGCGUUCCCUGUGGCGCCAGAGGUUCUGACAAGAAUAGCUAACUACCAUAAAGGUGUACUGGAAUUCCCAAACCUGAAGCAUAUCUACUUGCAUCAGCUCUUCAAGCUGCAACAUAUAUGUGAAGCCAAGAUGUUUGCUCCCAAGCUGGAGACCAUCAGGGUCAGGGGAUGCUGGGGUUUGAGGCGGCUCCCGGCUGUCGGCCGAGACAACCGCCCAGUUGUGGACUGCGAGAAGGAUUGGUGGGAGAAGUUGGAGUGGGACGGGCUGGAGGCUGGCCAUGACCCUUCCCUCUUCAAGCCACGCCACUCGGCGUAUUACAGGAAGCCCCUGCCUAGAUGCUCAGUUCUGUGGUGA